CUGCAGUGUAUCAGCCCAGAGCUGCUGAGUCAGUGUCUGAAUAAAGACAGGCAUUCCUUACUGCAGUGUUGAGAACUCUCAGCCUUCAUCCCACCGUUAUCCGACAUGGCUACCAUCUCCAAGACCGCAGCUUACAAGGACAAAAUGAAGGAACUUUCCAUGCUUUCGGUUCUGUGUUCUUGUUUUUAUUCUGAACCUCGGCCGGGGUCUGUAUAUAAAUAUGGUGACAUGGAGGUGAAGGAGCUGAGCAAGAGAGCUUCGGGCCAUGCUUUUGAAGUUAUCCUGAAACCUCCAUCUGCUAGCAAUGCGGAAAUCCCACUGUCUCCCCCAAGAAAGAAGGAUCUUUCUCUGGAGGAGAUCCUCAAGAAGUUGGAGGCUGCUGAAGAGAGAAGGAAGUCGCAGGAGGCCCAGGUGCUGAAGCAGCUGGCCGAGAAGCGCGAGCACGAGCGGGAGGUGCAGCAGAAGGUGAUGGAGGAGAACAACAACUUCAGCAAGAUGGCCGAGGAGAAGCUGUCCCAGAAGAUGGAGGUGACCAAGGAGAAGCGGGAAGCCCAAAUAGCCGCACUCAUGGAGCGGCUGAAGGAGAAGGAGAAGCAUGCUGCAGAGGUCCGCAAAAAUAAGGAGCUGAAGGAGGAGCUGGUGGGAUGAAGGGCAAGUCAAUCUGUAUUCUGUACUGAAUGGAACUGGAUACAGUGAUACACACGCUUCUUUAAUGUGAACAGCAUUUUAUCAUUGGGCUUUUGGGUGGUUUCCAUGAAAGGUUUGUGAAUUUUGAGUUACAUGUUCAAAUUGCCAAACAUCUGCAUAUAUCGUUGCCUCACUGAAUAGGGUUUGACAAUAAACUUGAAAAAAAAUAGUAAUGUUAUUGCCUGCUAUUUGAGCCUGUUGUUAAUGUACAAGUAAAAGUUAUGUAUUUCCUCACUUGUGUUGGUAUUUGUUAUUUGUACUAUUUUGUUUGGUUUUAUGUAGUUGUUUAUUUUGCUACAAUCUCCAGAUAAUAACCACAUUCCUGAUCAGAAGCUCUCCUGUCUGCCAGAAUAACAGGGUGGUGCAAUACAGCUCAAAAUAGUUCUGUAACUUACAUUGUAAUCAUUUGGUGGUAGUGUAGCUGGUUGGCAAGGCCACAAUAAGCAUUGAAUGGGUAAUGCACAUCACGACCCUUGUAACUUUCGAAGCGCCGUAUUGUUAACGGAGAAUUAACUUCAAAACAACACUUUUUUGGUGAACCAAGUAAAUAUUGUUUUGAGCUGUAGGUAACCUUAACUGGUGUCACCUGAAGUUACUUGCAUGUUGCAGAAAGGAUACAUACUUUUGAGAGCAGUAUUUUUUGCGCUGCACAGUUGGAUCCAAAGCUAUGUGAAACUAAAUGUGAAAUAGAGCAUUGUACACAAAUUUGUGUACAGGUUCCAAUUGUUACUAUAUUGGCUUAAUUGUUAAGGCACUUACAUGUAAUUUAACUGGUUGUGCAGUAUAAAAUAUGUUUUGCUACAAGUAACAAUAGCUUAACCUAGAAGUGCACAGUUGUGGCUUUCUGAAUGUUAGAAUGGCAUAUGUAAAUGUCCUUGUAUGUUGUUGCCUUCUAUGCAGUACAUUUGAGUACUAGUUGUUGCCAUAAAGGCCACAUUCGCCAUCAUUCAUUUGUUUAAAUAAAGUUUUGAACUUGA